AUGGCCAAUUCAACAUUUCAAUUCCCUCAUCUUUCCAAAUACAAUUUUGAUAAUUGGUGCAUUCGCAUGAAGGAAUUGCUUAGAUCGCAAAAUGCUUGGGAAAUUGUAGAAAAAGGCUACGAUGAGCCUAGUGAUGAAACUUCUUUGAGUCCUAAUGAAAGAAAGGCUUUUCAAAGACUUCAAAAGAAGGAUCAAAAAGCUCUCACUCUUAUUUAUCAAUGUUUGGAUGAAGAUGUGUUCGAGAAGAUGGUGAAUGCAACCACCUCCAAGCAAGCAUGGGAGAUUCUCCUAAACUCCUAUCAAGGAGUUGAUAAAGUGAAGAAAGUUCACCUUCAAACAUUAAGAGGGGAAUUUGAAGUUUUGCGAAUAAAAGAAUCCGAGUCGAUUGCGGAUUAUUUUUCAACUCUGCAGUGCCUGCAUUCUGUUACUGCAAUUGAGCGGAGGCCAUGUGCGAUCAAGCGCAGUUCUAGGAAGUAUCCGGACAGUAGCACUGAAGCUGCUGUGACUGCAGGGGCAAAUCUUCUUAUGCAAGAAAUUAAGGGGACCAUUCGACAAAGGCGUAGAGACAACUCCGACACAGAAGAAGAAGAAGAAGUUGAGGUAACAAUGGAAGAUCUGCUAGAAAACCUGCCACUAGUGUGA